AUGCCUGCUAUCAGCGCAACCGUCGUCGCCCGCGACACCUUCUCCCGAAUCGCCAAGCGAAACUGGGCCCAAGAAGAAGCUGGUGUGAUUGUCGUCUUCUGCAUCACCUUCGUUGUCGCCGUCGGUCUCAUAGCCCUCUUCAUCCACAAGAAGCUUGCCGCCCGCAGGGAAAAGCGCGCCCAACAGCACGUAUAA